AUGUGGGCGAGUUUCAGGCACUGCCGCAUGUUAUUUACUGCCGAGUAUACCGAUGGCCUGAUUUGCAGUCACAUCACGAACUCAAGGCAAUUGAUAGCUGCAGACUAUGAAUGCGUGAAGGUUUGCGUAACGCAUCCACUCCCCAAGCAGGCGUCUAUAGGAAGAUACUGCUAUGAUUCUGGUCAAAAAGAGAUCUGUAUCAACCCCUAUCACUAUCGCCGCAUUGAAAGCGAUGGUGUACUGCCACCGGUGCUUGUACCGAGACACUCAGAGCUCCCACCAGCUUCGAUCCCUCCAGGAAUCCGACGAAUGCAAGCCAUGGAAGCUUCCGGAUCGUCAAUGCCACAGAACGUAGAAAUUGCCGGUUUGUUCAAGUGGGUCCAGUUACUGCUAGGACGGCGUAUCAAAUCACAGAAGAGCAUUAGCUCGCGUCAACGUACAACUUCGUUGGAAGAAUCCCAUUGA